AUGCCGCUUGUCCCCGUGUAUGGGUCAGUCAGUUAUUUGCCAAGAUACAGAGCAUCCAUUAUUAAUCUAAAAAAGAACGAUUAUGAAACAAUCGGCUAUACCCGAAAGUCACCUUCGGACAUCACCAGUCAAUCAAAGCAAAAACUGUUACAAAAAAUGGUCGACAAUCUUCUUGACCGCUCCCUUGUAGAUAAUCUUUACGUGUCGGUAUCUAGUUCAGCAUCUUCCCCACUCCAUGAAAGGGACUUAGAUGAAACUGACGAGAAAGCAUACCGCAGACUCUCCUCAAGAUACUGA